GUCAAUUAUCCUAUCGGUUCCGUUCGUGUCUAUAAACUGACUGAUCUCAGCGAAGCUCCACAAUGCGAAUGCCGUCCGCCUGGCCCUGGCAAGCCGCCAAUUGGCUGGGAUCCUUGUGGGCCCUUAAGUGGCUGCAUUAAUCGAGAGCUCCAUUAUGAAUGCAACCCAUUAGUUUGCCCAAAUGGAGACAAAUGCCGGAAUCAGCGUUUUACAAAAAGACUAUAUCCACCACAGAAAAUCUUCUGGACUGGCGAAGAAAGAGGCUGGGGCUUGAAGACUGUAAACCCUAUUGCGAAGGGUGAUUUUGUGAACGAAUAUAUUGGGGAUCUUAUAGACGAGGACGAAGCAAAUCGUCGCUUGCGUUUUGCUCAUGAAAACAAUAUUAACAACUAUUACAUGAUGCUUCUUGAUGCAAACAGGAUCAUUGAUGCUGGGCCGAAAGGAAACCUGUCUCGAUUUAUGAACCACUCGUGCGAUCCCAACCUGAACACCGAAAAGUGGACUGUUAACGGAGACCAACGAGUUGGCCUCUUUGCUAUUCGGUGA